AUGUCUUCGCCGUUGCGGAUUGCUAUCCUCGAGUGUGAUGAAUUUGUCGAAGAGGUCAAAGAAAAGUGUGGUAGCCUUCGUAAUCUCUAUACACGAUAUCUCGAGAGCAGUGCGUUGAAACUCGAAGAGAGCGGUCUCUACAAGCGACCAGAUAUCAAGUUUUCCUACUAUGAUGUGGUACAAAAGCAAGAAUACCCAGAUAUUGGAAAUAUCGAUGCAGUUUUAUUGACAGGUAGCCGAUAUGACUCUUUCACCUCAGGUCUGAAUAACUGGAUACUCAAGCUCGUCGACUUCAUCAAAGCAAUACUGCAAGACCAAAGGCGGGUCCGAAUCAUGGCUGUCUGUUUUGGACACCAAGUCAUUGCACGCGCACUUGGAGCUAUGCCGGAGAGAAGUGAUGCUGGUUGGGAAGUCUCUGUUACUCCCUUGUCACUAACGGAACGAGGGAAGCAAGUCUUCGGACAGGACUCACUAGUGCUCCAUCAAAUGCAUCGCGACGUUGUUCCGUAUUAUCCCUCGUUUGUUGAGAAGCUUGGUCACUCGAAGAUCUGCGAGGUACAAGGAAUGUACGUCAAGAACCGUAUCAUUACCUUGCAAGGACAUCCGGAGUAUAACGAAAAGAUUGCAAACAUACUGCUCGAUCGAAGACGCGGAACAUUGAUGGAUGACACGACGUACCAAGAUGGAAAGAAACGAGCAAAUGACUCCCAUGAUGGCUUGACGGUUGGGUUUGCCUUUUUAAGAUUCUUGUUAGAAGAAUAA